UCUCGACACGCAUCUGAUAAACGUCCCCAUAAUCCAACAAUACGGAAGAUGUCCUCCCGCCGCGGCGUCGGCCUCGGUGCCUUCGCCAACCGCACCCAAACCAGCCAGUCCUACGCCAACCACGGCGCCAACCUCCGCUCAACACACCUCUCCUCCCUCCAAACGCAGCUCUCCGUCUUCCAAUCUCUCCUCCACACCUUCGCACUCGAGCACAGCUCCACCAUCAAAUCCAACCCGACCUUCCGCGCCGAGUUCGCGCGCAUGUGCAACACAAUCGGGGUCGACCCGCUGGCGGCCAGCAACGUCAAGGGCAAGACCGCGCGCAAGGGUCUCGGCGAGAGCGCCAGCUUCUGGACGCAGAUUAUGGGCGGCGACAUGAAUGAUUUUUACUUCGAGGUUGCGGUGCGGGUUGUGGAGUUGUGUUUGAGCACGAGGAGUGAGAAUGGGGGGUUGAUUGGGGUGGAGGAGUGUCGGAAGAGGGUGGGGAAGGGGAGGGCGAUUGGGAGUGGGUUGGAGGUUACUGACGACGACGUCCUCCGCGCCGUCAAAUCCCUCGAACCCCUCGGCUCCGGCUUCACCAUCAUAACCGUAGGAAACAAGCAAUACAUCCGGUCGAUCCCCAAAGAGCUCAACACCGACCAGGCGACCGUUCUCGAGGCGAUCCAAGUCCUCGGCUACGUGAGCAUCUCUAUGCUGCAGCUGAACCUGAAGUGGGAGAAGGCGCGCGCGCAGACUGUCAUCGAUGAUCUGUUGGCGGAUGGACUCGUCUGGCUUGAUGCGCAAGGCGGAGAGAAUGAGUAUUGGUCGCCGCAGAAUCUUUUGGGGGAUAUGGGGUGAGUCUCUGUCGGUUUGAGGACUUAGAUGUCUGUCUGGUCUCGACCCGGUCUGUAUUUUGGGUUGUGGGGUUUUUUCCUGCCUGCUAUAUAUA